GGGAUUCACUUUCCCAGAACUGAGUAAAACCCAAGAAGAAGAUGAAUCCAUGAGGUUUUGUUCUGAGAUGGUUUAAGACCAAGACAGUUCCUGAAGAAGGGGAGCUAUUUUUAGCAAGUCAGGAAGCGAAAAGUUAUUGGAUCAACAAGGAGAUGUUUCAACUUGUGGACAACGUUCUUUUCAAGAUCCAUAACAAUUCUCAUGACCUACUGUUGGUAUUACCAGUUAGUUUCAGGGAAGUUGCCAUGCAACUUCAUCAUGACAUUCAUUCUUCUGGUCAUCAGGGUGUUGCUAGAACCAAAGCAAAGUUAAAGGAGAAGUUAUACUGGUAUAGUUUAUCCAAAGACAUUGAAAGAUAUGUUCUGACAUGUGAAGUUUGUAGCAAGAAUAAGAAAAACAAGAGCUAUGGAAGGGUUCCGUUUACUGAGUAUCAAGCGGGCUGUCCAAUGGAAAGAGUCCAUAUUGAUUUCUUGGGUCCUUAACCCAAAACACCAAGCGGCAACGAGUACUGCCUAAUGAUGGUCGAUCAAUUUACGAAAUGGGUAGAGUACAUUCCAUUACCAUCGCAGAAAGCGGAAAUGACGGCUAAAGCGGCUAUAGACACCUUUUUCGCAAGAUUUGGUUAUCUACUACAGCUGUUCUCCGACCAAGGGCGCAACUUUGACAGUUAAUUGUUCCAGGCAGUAUGCGAAGCUCUAGAUAUACACAAAACAAGGACAACUCCAUAUAGACUUGCAGCAAAUGGACAAGUAGAACGUUUUAACCGUACUUUGAUGGACGCUGUUCGCUGCUUUAUUGGCAAGAACCAAAAUACAUGGGACAAAAACAUUCAGCAGAUUGCGGGUGCACUCAGGGCCUCUGUGAACAGAAGCACCGGUUUUACUGCCAAUAUGUUAAUGUUAGGCAGAGAGGUCAACACCCCAGCGCAGUUAAUGCUUCCCCAUGUUCCCUGUAUAUAUGACAACAAGGAAGAGUACGUGUCCAAGUUAAUGCAGGAUAUUCAGUAGGCUCAUGACACUGCCAGAAAAUUCUUGAAAUCUUCAACAAAACGGAUGAAGAUAAAUUAUGACUUGAGAGUUCUACUAAGGCCAUAUGCAGAAUGGGACGUUGUGUAUAUUUUUGACACCGCCGUCUUGAAAGGGUGCAAGAAAUUAUGUCCACCAUGGAAAGGUCCGGCAAUAAUUAUACUAAAUUUGUCUGCGUACCUCUACCGUGUUCGAUUGAGAAACUCAGUGUUUGUCGUUAUCCAUGACCGGAUGAUGCCCUGUAGGGAUCGGAAAUUGCCUAACUGGGUCAAAGAAAACGGGUUAACAAGUUCCCCAGCGGACGCUUCAACGGACACCGCAGAGAUAUACUGCAUAUGCCGUAAACCAUGGGAUGGAAGAUUUAUGAUCCACUGCGACUAUUGUGAUACUUGGUAUCAUGGAUCUUGUGUAAACAUUACACAAAUAGACGCUCUGGACAUUGACAAGUACAAAUGCACUUCAUGUAAAGGGACGAAUGGGGUUAAUUCUUUUAAUCCCAAUUAAAGUAAAGAUUACAGCAUUAGCUAAGGAUCUGAUGAGGAAAGCCAGCUCGAAGGAUAAGCAGAAGUACAGCUCUUGGCUUGGGAAGUUUGCCAAUGGUCUGAAUACUGACAACGUUUGGAAGUUGGCUCCAAAAAGGACAAAAACAGUUCAAGAUUAUCAACCUGGGACAGGAUCAAAAAACCUUCGUACCAAUGUCGAACGGAGGCAGUUCCUGGUAUCCAACGAAGGGACUAAGGAGGUCAAAGAGGUCGAGGUGGAUGAGGACGAACUGCUCAAGACCACACAAGGAACCAAUACUGUCUACGAGUUCGAUAUUGAUUCAGAUGAACUGUUCGACUGUUGGCCAGUCCCAAACCAUUACAGGGAAAACCAAAGAUGAGUAGCCCUGCCAAAACAAGGACCCUCACGAUCCAAUUUAGUCCUCAGACGGUCAAACUGGGGCUCUCCAGCGAUAGCCCCACUGUGAAGGAACCUCACAGAAGAACGCCAGACAGAGGAUGUCCUUAUAUAAGGCCAAGAAACAGAACCCCAGUAGGUGAAAGGGAAAUAGCAUGUUCCAUUCCAAGAAACAGGACUACAUCAGGGGAAAGGGACUUAACAUGUCCCAUCCCAAGAAGUAGGCCAAAGAGAAUAAGUCGAACACCUGAACGGGAAAGGGACUUAACAUGUCCCAUCCCAAGUCCCCAUUCGUCCUACGAGCGCUCAGGAACAUAGGCAACCAAAAACACAAAGAACCUACGCGGAGGUGUGCAGAAUGGAUAAGGAACGUACUUUGUAUAGAGACCGGAAUGUCCGAAGUCGUGAAGGGGUUAAAGAACGUUCCUAUGCCAGGACUCAAGGAAGGGAUCAAGCGCGCCCUUAUCCCAAGAAAAGAUCACCCAAACUGGAUAGGGCACGUACAUUACAACGAGAUCGGACACCGGAUAGAACAUCAGAACGUUCCUCGGAAAAACCCAUUGCUGUCAGCUAUUCUCCGAAAAGGGACAUACCUCCAUGCUCGGUACCUAGUAAGUCACGGGAGGAAAGAGAGUAUCCAGCAAGAUCCAUUAUAUCGGGAAGACAGUUGCCUCCUCUGAGGGUUACUGUUGGAGAAACCGAAGAUCUACAACCUCCCCGAAAGGUCCGGAAGAUAGAUACCCACUUACUUACUAGGAACGAGAGAAGAAGGAUCGUUAACUGUUUAUUCCUGGAUGUGCCGGAGAGAUCAAAUACCUUAAGACACAUGUGUUUCAUAAUCAUGUUCCUGGCAUCUUCUCGGAGAGUCUUCCAGAAGCUGAUACAGAUAUCAUUCAAGGCCGUAUCCAUGCUUUGGAGAUGGUAGUCUCAUGGCUGAAAGGACGUCCGGGUACCUUGGACGCUUCUGGAGUUUGCCAAGAUGCAUACUCUACUCAAAGAACACGAAGUAACUCCAAGACAAUCGGAAAUAAUGAAGCACUUUUGCCAGUACCUUGGUCGUUCUGUUCCGGAUAAGUUUCAGAUACUGCCGCCAAAUUAUGUUGCUGUAUUACAUCACUGGAGAGUAUUACACCUCAUUAGUGCCAGUCUUCAGGUAGAGCGUUGUAUGUUCUGGAAGAACUUCUUCACGGGACCUUUUUUCCAAAAGCCCCAGAGUGAUCAAGAAGAGGAUACGGCCAGUAUGGAAGGAAUGCAUCCAAAUGAAUGCCAGGAAGUAGAGCUCCCCAUGGCGGUGGAUAGUCAUUUUCAUCCAGAUAGGUUGUCCGAGAAAACAUCCAUCCCAUGGGCAAAGGAUAUAACCAAACUUCUAUAUGCUGGACCAGUGGAGCCUAACCAUCUAGUACGUCUAGGAGGGUCGGUAGCGGUAUUUUGUGACCCAUCUACUUACCCUACCAUCAGUCAGCUGAAUGUACUACCCGGCAACAUCGUUGUAGCAUUAGGCCUCCACCCACAUCAUGCCCGGAAGUCUCGCCGGUUACUGGAUGAAGCAGUGGAGCGUCUACAAAGGUUGUUGCGGUCAGAGCGUGUAACGGCGUUUGGAGAAAUUGGGAUAGACCACUCCGACCCAGAAUCCGAAUGGGCAUAUCAAUCGGAACUGCUUCGGCGGCUAACACCCCUGGUAAAACAGGAACACGUUCUGGAAAUUCAUUGUAGGGGGAUGAAGGAUGAAUGCGGGACGGAAGCCUACCUACUUCUUCUUCAUCAUCUUAAGAAAAGAAUCUCCCGCAUGCAGAGGAUCAACCUACAUUAUUUUACUGGUUAUCCAUAUUUGUUGGAGCGAUGGUUGGAGCAGUUCCCCGAGACGUGGUUUGGGUUCACCAGCAUGGUAAAGAAUUUUGACCGGAAUCACCGUGACUCUUCGAAUUUGGUAAAAGAAUACAGACUUCUGUUGGAAACCGAUGCGCCCUACUUUACGCUAGAGGGACAGCCAUUGUCUUCACCAAAUCAAAUUUACAGGACAGCAGAGAUCGUGGCCGAACUUCGACAAGUGUCAGCGGACCACAUCCUGUCUGUAACUGCAAAAAAUGCCAAGACGUUGUACCGGAUCAAGGAUUAAUACUUCAGCUAGUCUGCAUCUUCACUUCCGUUUCCGGUGCUCCGGGCCUCCCACACGGUAGUUGGUCCAUCUACAUCACUACUUCCGGUUCCGGUUACUCCCACCUUGCAGAGGGUCCGCCUCAUCAAAGUCGGGGGGAGUGUUGUGAAACGUCGUUAGACGAUACCGGGCCAGACGAGGCGGGGACUAGGCCAAACCGGAAGUGUUGUCGAGAGCUGCUCAGACUAGCAUGGGCAUAACACGACCGCGAGACGAAGCCAUUACAACUCUCUAAUUUUACUGUACAUAAACCAGAAUAAAGCAUCUUAGUAAAUUA